AUGGAGCGAUCCUUGGAAAACGUCGGAGCAGCUGCCGCAAAGGAAAGAGCAGAAGAAGCCUCCCUCUUGGGGUACGAUUUGUCGGGGCUGGAAUCCGAAAUGUCGGCUGCAGCAGCGCAACAACUGCGAAUGGCCUUUGCGGAGCUGAAGAGCUGCGACCACAAUUAUUCGACUCUGUGCCCCUUUGCGUGGACGCCGCUUCCAGGAGAAAGCGCCUGCAAGGCUCCCAAGACGUACAUUGGCAAGUGCGAGAAGGAGAGAUCAUUUGCCGUGAGUCAGGAAGAAAAGCAGCAGCUCGAAAACGAGUGCCUUGUUUCUUGGCCUUGCCUGAAGAAAUGCACGCGAGAUUUCGACGCCCCCUGCCCGGAGGACUGGACGGAAGCAGGAGGCGGCUUCUGUCAGGCCCCCUUUUCUUAUGCAGGUCGAUGCGCGCGCAAGACGAACUUCGCAGUCAUGUCCGUGUACGUGAACGCACCCCGUGAUGUGCAGCGCCUAACUGCGCAGUCGAACUUCUCACGCCUCGUCUGCAGCUCGGAGAAGCAGCGCUGGUCAACAGCCUGCACAGCCUUCUGGCCCUGUGCAGCUCCCUGCCGUCGCGACUUCUCAGCUGCCUGCCCGCAGAGUUGGACUUUGAGCGGAGACAUCUGCGAGGCGCCUGAAGCGUACAGCGGCCCUUGCAGCAAACAACAGGCCGUCGGUGCUUCUCCGGAGCUCAAGAAACGCUUCGAAGAAAAGUGCCAAGUCCUCUUUCCCUGUAAAACUUCCUGCGCGGAAGAGUAUGCAGGGCCCUGCACUGGUGGUCUGACGGCUAUGGAUACUACGGCGAAAGGCGCGGAGGCAGAAGCCUCCAUGGCAGAAACAGAAGACACGUGCGGCGUCUCAUUCAGCUGCGGAGCUCCCACCUGCAUGCGCGACUACUCAGCUCCCUGUCCUCUCGCUUGGACGCUGAGCAGAGACGUCUGCGAGGCUCCUGUAAGGCUCUCCCCCAGCGCUAAACCCACACCAAACUCCUCAUCCGCCUUACUCCUAAACUGA